AUGGGGCAGCAGCGACGUGAAUCAAAGAGCGAGCGUAGGCGCAAUCCCAGGAAUACGAACUGGGAAGGGUUCAAUGCCUCCUUACUGCGGAAUCCAGCUACUAGGGUAACUCGGAAACUCCGUACCACUCUAGAACUGGAGGCCUCCGCAGAAGAUAUUAACUCGUGUCUUACUAACGCGUUUAGAGAAAACUACUCCCUUGGCCGAGCAAAGAGGGAAAAAGAAGCUCCAUUGUGGAACGACCAAUUGGAGAAGUUACGGAAAGCGACCAGGCGUCUCUUUAACAAAGCAAAAAGAGAAGGGAACUGGGAUGCCUACCGGAAUGAACUGACCAUGUAUAACCAUGAGAUCAGGAAAGCCAAACGAAGGAACUAUAGAACCUUCUGUGAGGCAAUAGUAAACACGUGUGAAGGCGCAAGACUUCACAGAGCAAUCACCAAAGGAGUGCCAGAAUCAAAUCAGACACUACGUACGGAGGAUAACUCCUAUACUAUAGGAAGUAAGGAGAAACUUGAGCUACUACUUGCAAGUCACUUUCCGGGAAGCACGCUUCAAACGGAUGGGAAUACCCCGGAACUCAGUGACUUUAUCCGAAGGAUCGAGUUCAUACUUCAGCUCUAUCCAUCAACGGAAACCAGGCAAAGGCAUGUAUUCUUCAGCCAAUUGAGAUGCAACUUGCAGGAGAUGCUCAACGAGUAUCCCAGUUAUCCGGAGCAACAACCUGGCCAACCCUAA